AUGCGUACAUAUACUCGAUUGCUUGCUACAGCAACAGAUGCUGGCGCGUCGAAGCCCUUUAGACCCGCCCCAUCGGCAUUGUUACCUCCGAUUCCACUGUAUAGACGACUUCUACGAUCACACCGUAAGAGAUUGGGUGUAGAGGAGCGAUUGCUGGGUGAUAUGUACGUCAAGGCCGAGUUCAGGGCUCAUAGGAAUAUCGAUAACCCUGUCCAAAUUAUUGGCUUUCUUUCUGAAUGGCAACAAUACUGUCAAAUGUUGGAAGGGGAUUCCUGGAAAGAAGCGAAAAUGGAGAAGGCCAAGAUCGACAAAAUGAGCGGCAAACCAGCAGAUAGGGCAGCUGUACGAGCUGAUGCAACAAAUAAAGAACCAGGCCCAAGAGGAUGCUGA